CAGAAACUCCAUAUAGCUCAACAGCAGCUGUGCCAUCAUUCACAAUUUCACAGCUUCAAAACCAACGAAAACGUGCUGCUAAAACCAAAAAAUGCACAGAAGAGGCUGUGAGUGUACCUAUAUGUAUGCCACCUUGUGCUGACAGCACAGUGAACCAAUGUGCGCCUGCUGAAUCCUUAAUGCAAGCAUCAGAUAUAAAGUGCGAACCAACCUGUGAGCCAGUGACACCGACAUUAAUGAUACAGAGAAAUACAAACACGAGAAGGCAGCGAAAGAAAACAGCAGAGAAUGGAAAGGCCACAAUAGCUUUGCCUGUCUCUGUAAAAGAGGAGAGCAAGUGUGCUGAUGUGCAGCGUGGCACAACCAGGAGGAAUCAUUCUGAGAAAAAACAGAAAGGCAGAGCUCAAAGAAAAAGGAGAAACAUAGAAGAUAAUGCUAGUGAGCAAAUGCUGAAUUCUGGUUUGACUACAGAGAGUGAGCCACCUUCAGAGGCUGCACCAAAACAGCUGGAUUUUCCUCUGACAAACAUAAAAACUGAAUUAGAUUCCUCCCUCACAGAUAACCCCCGGCCUCGUAGAGACAGGAAACUUCCAAGAAAAUACACGCCCGCACAACCUAAAGACUGUUUAAUAAGUUAUUUGAAGGGUUUACGAGUAAAAAACAGGUGCCCAAAGGGAGUUAAAACGGAGCUGAUGGUAGAUGAAGCAACGUAUGCCAUCAUUUUAGAUGAAGUUUUGAAGGCUCAAGACAAACACACAAAGUCACAAAAUAAAAAUCCACCUGUGCAAAUCAUAGCAAAUCCAGAUGAGACACUUAAUGCAGCGAUAAAGGAGGAACUGAUAUCAAGCAGAACAAAUGACAUCGUGGUGAAAGAAAGCGUGUCCAAAAAGAUAAAAGACACAAGGAAGAGGAAAGGCAAAAGGGCAAAGAAGAAAGUAGUAGCAUCAUUUGUGGAAUUUGAUGAAGCAGCUGCUCCAAAUCCUCCUGUCUCUUCUUUAAAUGAAAACCUAGAACAGGAGGUUGUAGUGAAACGUAAGGGGAGAUGCAAGAGAGUAAAGUCAGAGCUGCCUGCUCUCAGUGCUGUCGAGAAUGAUAAAGACACCAAAUUAGAACCUGAAGAUAAUGUUUCUGUGUCUUGUCAGACAACAGAGAGUGAAAACUGUGUCGUAACUUAUGUGAGAGCGAGCCGCCGCCACCAAGGAAGUCAAAGGCUGAAAAGUAAAGAGAAUAAGAAAACCUCUGCGGGUAGCUUAUCAGCAGCGCACACGCCACAGACUGUAGAAGUGGUAUCAGAUUUGAAAAAUGUCCUGAUGGUUUCUUUUGAGGUUGACCGUGAGGCACCAACAGGCCACUUGAAGUCAGGUAAAAAAGAUAUGACAAAGGGACGAAAGGAGAGACAAACGUCAAAGAAAAAGACAUUUAAGGGACUGAGACAUCUGGACUCUAGUGAAGAACAAAAGCCUGAAUGUGAUACAAGAGUUCUUGUGAAUCGAGAAAUGGGUGUGAAAUCAAAGAUAAGGUCCAAAAGAAGGAAAACAAAAGCUUGUACAAGGUUUGGUAAAACAUCACAGAUUGUAAAAAUGGAAAACAUGUUCUCUUGUAAUGAGCCUGUUCCUGCUUGUAGCUCUUCGAUCCAUGAUGCAGCCUUUGAUGGAGUGGAUUUAAACACUGUUAAACAAGAACACAACAAAAGUGAUGUGUCAGAAUUAUCACCAGAGGAGGCACCUUUAUCUCAGGAUCAACCGGUUCAUUCAGAUCCCCCUGCUGCUCCUGAAGGAAAACCUAAAAUGAAAAAAAUAAAGAAGAGACGGAGGAGGAGAAAAACAAGAUGGGCUGCCAGAAAGAAAUUAAAGCGACCUCAGAUCAUUGAGUGCAGUUUUCCAUCUGACGUGGAAAUGUCUGCUUUCUCAUUCGAAUCCAGUCUGUGUAAUUCAGUCUCAGGUGAUGCAAGGAUCAGUCUCACACUGGAAGAAGAAAGUGAAGAUGUUAAAGAAAAAGUCACAGAACAAACACAGAGCGAUCAAGCAGACGUGAUGACAGCCAACACCAAAGUUAAAUUCUCUUCCAAAAUUAAAAACUAUGACCCUCGCAGUCAAAAACUGAAAUCACAGAAACCCCUCAAGUGCUCUUUUUGUGGUCGCUGCUUUCGACACAUUACAGCAUUCACAGUCCACAGACGCAUUCACACAGGAGAAAAACCUUACAGGUGUCCGACAUGCGGCAAGAACUUUGCCCGGCUGUACCAACUCAACCUGCAUUCAGAAAUCCACAACAAGUCGCAUGCAGUUUGUUGCCCGUGUUGUCAUGCAAAAUUUAAAAAUAAAGAUGAGCUGAUCUUGCAUUUUCAUAGUCACAUGAAAGACAUUCAAGAAGACACGACAGAAGAAGGCGCAAAACACAGCCAGGCGGACAGUUUGGACACUCCGGUUGGUCCCAGCCUCAAUAAACCUCUCAGGUGCUCGGUUUGUUUCAAGGAGUUUUUAAAGCGAGCCACCUUUAAGAUGCACAGAAGAACACGGUGUGGAAAGCCGCACACCUGCUCUGUGUGUGGGAAAAAGUUCUACCAGCCUUCAAGUCUGAACGUUCAUGAAAAGACUCACUGGCCAGUAAAACCGUACUCCUGCACUGUGUGUUGCAGAGGUUUCGACAAACUGCAGGAGCUUAAGCGUCACUCUCAGAUCCACUCAGGGGCCGCACCUUUCUCCUGUGCCAGGUGUGAAAAAUCCUUCACCACCUUUGCAUUAUUACGCUCGCAUCAAAUGGCCAGAGCGUGCUCUGACAAGGAAGGCAGAAAUCGAAGUGACAUUGACCAAUUCUUGGUUUCUCAGAGUGCCGCAGGACAGAUUCCCACCCCUGUGUAUUUGAAAUGUCCAAUAUGCAAGCAGCUUCAUCGUCACUGGUGUCAGUAUGUUCUGCAUUUGCAGACACACACUCAUAGCAAGUCUUACACUUGUGAGACAUGCAGACAACAGUAUGACCAAGCAGCUGAAAUGAGGAGUCACUGCUUAGUUUGCUGCAGAAAAAGUGGGGAAGAAGAGGUGUGUAGGGCCUCCCUGGGCGAAACGUGGGAGGAACCGGAAAACGUACCUCAAGACGAAGACCAGAUGGGUCAAAUUACAGCUUUACCUCAAGUGGAAACAGGUGAAAAAGAAGAAGUUACAUACAUGGGGUCACCUCCACCAUCACCACAUGACUCCAACCCGUCUGAAAAUGACGACUUUGACAUCAGCCCUCCACCUCCGAACUCUGAUGGAUCAGAUUUCUGUCUGACAUCUGAUCAAGCAUCUCAGCAGCCCUCCGGUCAUCAGUCACCUAUUCACAGACACUGUGGCAGAUAUUCAUGUGGACACUGUGGGAAGUCCUUUAACCGGUGGAACAAGCUGUGGCUGCAUCGGCGUUUCCACCGUCAAACCCACAGACCUUUCUCCUGUGCUCAGUGUGACCUGGAGUUCCGCUUCCUGGGUUCGUACAUCGACCACCUGCAGGAACACGCAGCUCAGAUGCCCUAUGCAUGUCCUUUAUGUCCUGACACCUUUGCAAACAAUGAGAACCUAACUGUCCACAUCUCUGAAUCCCACAAACUGCAAGAUUUUAACAAAUGUAGCAAAUGUGGAAAGAAUUUUUCCACCCUGAGAAACUUGAAGAAACACAAGCUGCUACAUAAAGGUGCAACCUCACAUUUCUGCCUCCCUUGUAACCUCUCAUUCUCCAGUCACAGUGCCUUAAAGACUCACCUGAAGACUCACAGAGUGCGGCUAAACGUACCGCAGCCCGCAUGGGCUGUGGAACCACUUUUAUUCCCAUAUCACUGCAAGAGAUGCACUGCCAAGUUUUCGAGCACGGAUCUGCUGCAGGCACAUCAGGUUUGCCAUUUCACUGGAGGGAAGAAGCCAGAGAGCCCCACAGAGAACGUCGCCGCUUAUAUUCCCAACAGAAUUCCAGAAAACAUCCAGGCAGUUGGUUCAGCGUCGUCUCAGCAAAAACGGCGUCUUCCUGUGAGCAAUAAAAAACACCUGUUCAGGUAUCCUCAUCCAGACCGCCUGUACGUGGUGCCUGUCAUCUCCUCGGAGCCACCCGUUGUCAUUUCAGAUACAGAAGAGGAAAGUCCGUCCAUCGCGGCCUCUGCCAGCAGCACAGUGUCUGAUCUUCCUCACAGACCAGGUGCCAGUUUCAGUUGUUCAGAUUCUAACUGUUCAAAUAUACCUCAGUCCUCCUCUCGGACAAGCAGCUCAAAGAACCGAGAUCAUUCAGAUAAAUCUCUGUUCCUCCCAGGAUCACAUCAGCACCAGUUUUUUGAUGUUUCCAGAGCUAGCGAUAGUGAUUCCUUGUUUUCAGAGGAGGAAGAACUUGUGGAAGAGACUCACUAUUGUGCAAUUUGCAUGGAAACGUUUACAGACAUCUCCAAGCUGCAUGAGCAUUACAUGGUCCAUGCCAGAGGGAUUUAGAAGCUGACACCCUGCUCCUGAAUCCCACCAUACUGUGUUUUCAAAGUGUUACAACUGAACCUCUGCUACUGUUUUAACAUGAUUUUGUUCUUUGAAAGAACAAGAUAUUUUAAAAUAUUGAAUGCACAUAGUUUAUUAUCUCUGUAUGCAGUAUUUUUCAUAUAUCAUUAUACAUAUUGUGGUUCGAUGAUGAAACCUCCCCAUGUUUGUUCUCUGAUUAUGUUUGAAUUAUUUCAGUAUGUGGUGCUGAUUUUUUAUUUGAACACUGUUGAAUUUCUCACUCUUUGAAUGUCAUCUACUAAUUUGUUUAGAGAAUUGAUGAAAACAUAAAUGUAACUUCUACUCCAGUGAGUCACUAGUGACUGUGAGAGUUUUGUGUAACAUAAUAGUUUUUCAGUAAAAAGUGACAUUAUUUUUCUCUUGUGGUUUUUCUGUGAAGCUCACACACACAUAUUUAAGUUACUGUGUAGCCUUACAUUUUAGUUUGUUUUUUUAUUAUGGCAUGUUUGGAAUGAUUUUAAUGACAUAUUUUAGUUUGUUAAAUUUGAAACCAUCCCAGUGCAGACUGUGUGUUGCUUUCAGACCAAAGUACAAUUAUUAUAAACUAUUACUGUGUGAAAAAAUGGUGGAAAAUAAAA